AUGUUUUCUUUUUUUGAAUAUCUUCUCAGACUUGUUGCAUUAUGGAACGACUACAAGAGUGCAUCUAGAUUAUCAGGCCUCCACAGGCAAUGUUGGCAUCAUAUCAUCAUCAUAUCAUCAGAGAGAAGAGAGAAGAAAGAAUUGUACACGAUUUGUUGUUGCUAUUACUACUGUGUAGAGUGGAUUUUGAUUGUGCCUGGAUUGCAUGUGCAUGGUGGUUGGUGCCUGGAGAGGGCGUGGUUGGAGGACGGGAGCUGGCAAGCAACCCCUGAGAAGCGUCUGUCAUGGACAAAGUCAUCUGUGCGGUGCGGGUCUUGGCGUGGAAGCAAUGGUUGA